UGUUGCACAAUGCCAACUGUCUUCUGGCUGGUUUUGCUUGCAAGUAUCACAGUAUCUUCCUCGACCUUUAUAUUCUUGACAAUCCUUCAAACUAGAGUUGACGACUAUACUUAAGAGCAUAUUUCCGAAGACAUUGGCAAAAAUGUAUGUGACAAGGAGGCAGUGGAAACAGUGGUUCGUGAAUGCGAGCCCCCAUACAUUUUGCAAUUUUGGUCGAAUAACCAAAAUUUGGAAUAUGAAGGAGAAAGGUGUUACUCCAAAUACUAUGAUAACACAUAAUACUUUUUCAAAUGCUAUUAACAGCUUCUUCGAUUUUUUCAGCGACAUUUUUGCAGUUAAAAUUCAACAGAAUUGGUGCUUUACAGUGACAGUCUCAGAUAUAUUUAAGUUACUCUAUGGUGACAUUGACAACUUCAAGUACUUUUAACAUAUUUUUAAGAUUCAGGAAUUUGGACUACGGAGAAUAUAUUUGGAAUAAUAUUUUGUAAAAAUUUAAACGCUUGUGUAGAAUACGCGGGCUCUUAAUUUAUUAUUUUGUAUUUUAGAAUAAUACAUUAUCAACUAAGUUUAAACCUAUCUUAGAUCUACUUCAUUUCAAUGAGUUUCUUUUAACCUGCUUUCAACAUGCUUUUGACUUUUGACUCAUUCAAAUGUCAAUCGGAGAAUGAGGUUUAUAACUUGAUUCAAGUAAUUUAUAAAAUGUUUCUCACGCCUCUCAGAAGACAACGCCUAAAAGAAGCGAUACUAAGCUACACCGCGUUCUUGCUAACUCCUGCCUACUUUUUAUUCCAGCUUUGCGUCAUAAGGCCGUAUCUAACAGUACAUCUCGACUGGGGUCCUGUGAAACACUUCCUUCACAUUAUUUUCGCCAGCUACUUAUUUACCAACGUCGUUGGGAAUAUGAUCUUAUGUGUGCUGACGGAUACUCGUGUUAAAUCGUACCAUGGACCAGGGAGCUACUGCGAAUUCUGCAGACAGAAACAACCAGCGAACAGUUGGCAUUGCAAGACUUGCAACACUUGUAUAUUGAGGAGAGACCAUCACUGUAUCCUCUUGGCACGCUGCAUUGGACGUAACAACCUACGAUACUUCAUUUGCUACUUAUGCCAUCUAACUAUCUCGAUGAUUUACGCUACUUACUAUAAUUACAUCGUUCUUCGCUCUAUAUUUGACCUCAGGACUUUUGCUGCGACAACUUCAAAAAUUUUCAAUUUAGCUGAUUGGAGUAUUUUUGCUUACAGUUCGUUGAUGCUUAGAGAUCGCUUGUUUAUAUGCUUCUGGUACCUAAGUUUAAUAAUUUUGCCGAUUUCGUUAAAUUUGUCGGUGUUCCAUCUAUAUAAGGCAUUUAAAGGAUUGACGUGGUAUGAGUAUAAGAAAGGGAAGGUGCCUGUAAAGGCUCAUUGGAAAAGGAACAUAACCUAUAUUUUUGGCACGAGGUGGUAUCUCGCUUUAUUUUGGCCGACGGUGGCAAGUCCUUUGCCUAAUAAACGUACACAAACACAAGGUACAGGCGAUUUGCGACCAGGAUUGGGAAUUUAAUUUUAUUAUUUUUGAGUUGUUGUUGUUACACAAUUUUUUUUAUUUUGUUUCCAAAUAAUUUGUAACUUAUUAUAUAUUUUCAAUGUGCCUAUUUAUCAUGAUGUUUAACCCGUUAAACGCCAAGAAUCCUUAAAGGCGUCGUUGCUAGGCGUACCCACAGCGCCAAGGACAACUAUAGGUGUCAUGACGUACGCUGUCAAAGUUACCUUCACACUUUUAAGUAAGGUUUACAUUAGCUCGCUUGCGCUCGGGAGCUUGGCGUUUGCGUAAUGUUUGUGUUUAUGACAUAAAGCGUUCAAAAGGGUAAAGCUGUAUGAUUUUACUUAUGUUUAGUUAAUUACUUUAUCCUCCGUGUAAUAAAAAAUAGGUGUCUCAUUCUUGCUUUGAAUA